AUGGGGAGAUCACCGUGUUGUGAGAAAGAGCACACAAACAAAGGUGCAUGGACCAAAGAAGAAGAUGAGCGUCUCAUCAACUACAUCAAACUCCACGGCGAAGGCUGCUGGAGAUCUCUUCCCAAAGCAGCUGGUCUUCUUCGUUGCGGGAAAAGUUGCAGACUUCGGUGGAUAAACUAUUUGAGGCCAGACCUCAAGAGAGGAAACUUCACUCAAGAAGAAGACGACCUCAUUAUCAACCUUCACUCCUUACUUGGAAACAAAUGGUCACUAAUAGCAUCGCGGUUACCGAGAAGAACAGACAACGAGAUAAAGAAUUACUGGAAUACACACAUCAAAAGAAAGCUCUACAACCGUGGAAUUGAUCCUCAAACUCAUCGCCCUCUCGUCGUCAAUAAUACUACGUCGCCUACCACAGCUCCUAGCUCCAAACUUUCCAUAAUAAAUAAACCUAAUAAACCAAACGUAAUAUUCGGAAGGGCUAAAAACGAACCAAAAAAUAAAAAACAAAAGAGAACCCUUACCCAACAACAAUGGAGUUAG